AGCGUCUCCGUCGCGUGAGGAAGGCGUGCCGCCGGACGAGCGGCGGACCCCGGCGCGGAGCGGCGCGGAAGAGGAGACUGUCAGGCGGCCGUGAGUGGCGUGGUGCUGCCGAAGAGACUCCCCAUUUAUGAGGAUGCUGGUGGGAAAUGCCUGGAGACAGAGAUGACGAGAUUUGUCAAAAGGCACUUGAACUCCUGUCAGAUCUUUGCUCCAAAGGGGAAGUGCAGAACGAGAACUGUCUGGAUUUUAUCUACUAUUUCCGAGAUCUCGCCAGGCCACGCUACUCAGAUUCAGAUAUAUCAGUGAGUUUGCUGUCGCUGGUGGUGACCGCCUGUGGCUUGGCUCUAUUUGGAGUCUCCCUCUUCGUCUCCUGGAAGCUCUGCUGGAUACCAUGGAGGGAACGCGGGAUUUCCCCCACCACCAAGGAGGCUCAUGGGCUCCUCAACCCCACCAUGAGCCCGCUGCCGUCACAGCCGGCACCCAGACAGCCGGUCUACACGGCCGUGGACCCCCCGCUGCACAACCGCCGUGAGUCGUCACAAGGCUCCAUGGCCAGGGAGCCGACUCCCGUCGCAUCGGUUGUAUCGGUGGAGGUCCCCGGGACUCCGGUGUCACCCCCACCCGUGGUCAUGGCCACGCCAGAGGCAGCUAUGAAGAUCAGCCACACGUCUCCAGACAUACCUCUAGAUGCCCAGAGUAAAAGUCGGGAAAAUGGCGUUCACACCACUCCGCGUAUGCAGAGACAGACCACCGAACCCCCUCCCUCUGGGCGUUCAAUGUCUGAAAUGGGACAGGGCACCAUUCGCAGACAUAUGAACCUUUCUAACCCAGACUUCAAUGUGGCCCAGUUCCAGAGGCAGGACUCGCUCACAGGAAUGGGCCUGGGCCUGGGACGCCUGAAGCCUGAGCUCUACAAACAGCGCUCCCUGGAGGGGGACGAAGGCAGCCGGAGAGGCGGAGGCUGCGGGCGCCUCCACUUCAUCCUUAAGUUUGACUGCGACCUGGAACAGUUAAUAGUUAAGAUUCACAAAGCAGAGGACCUUCCCGCUAAGGAUUUUUCUGGCACCUCUGACCCUUACGUUAAGAUAUACCUGCUGCCUGAUCGCAAGACCAAGCACCAGACCAAGGUGCACCGCAAGACGCUGAACCCUGUGUUUGACGAGGUCUUCCUGUUUCCUGUGGCGUACUCUGAGCUUCCCACACGUAAGCUGCACUUCAGCGUCUACGACUUCGACCGCUUUUCACGCCACGACAUUAUUGGUCAAGUGGUGGUGGACAACUUCCUGGAUCUGGCAGAUUUCCCCAGGGAGACCAAGCUCUGCCGGGACAUCCAGUAUGUCUCCUCGGAUAACGUGGACCUCGGAGAUCUCAUGUUUUCACUCUGUUACUUGCCGACUGCGGGCAGACUGACCAUUACCAUGAUAAAGGCUCGCAAUCUCAAGGCUAUGGAUAUCACUGGUGCAUCUGAUCCCUACGUGAAGGUUUCCCUUAUGUGUGACGGUCGCAGACUGAAGAAGAGGAAGACGUCGACGAAGAGGAACACUUUAAAUCCAGUCUAUAACGAGGCCAUUGUCUUUGAUGUUCCUCCAGAAAACAUAGAGCAGAUCAGCCUUUUGAUUGCAGUGAUGGAUUAUGACCGUGUAGGCCAUAAUGAAGUCAUCGGUGUGUGUCGGGUUGGCAACGACGCCGACAGCCUGGGCCGGGAUCACUGGAGUGAAAUGCUCACAUAUCCGCGGAAACCUGUCGCCCACUGGCAUCCUCUCGUCGAGUACCAGGGGACCACAGGUAGUAGCCAAGGAGGAUCCUGUAAUUCUCUGAAGACGCCUCCUUCUCCGUAGCCUUGAGCAAACCGUCCACACAACAGAAUGAAAUGACCUUGAACCUGCGCCACCCGUCUGGACAGUGAUGCUACCACCUGUCGCUCCAAUAAAGGUACCAACAGACAAACGCAGACAUCCAUGAACAACCGAUGGGAAAAGAGAGAGAAAAACUGUCUUGAGCUCUGCUGAGUUGGAUCAGUUGCAUGUUGAAUGACCGCAAAGAUGGAUGUUUUCUUUUCUAUGAUGUUCCGUGAGAAAAAAAAAACAGCAGGCGUAUGCAGACAUUUUAGGUCUGUGCUACUCCUGGGUUUUUAAAGUCAUCAGUUUUUUUUUACAUAGUCUUGUUACUUGUUUUAAUGAGAUGAGUCUGUAUUUGCACAACGUACUAACAACCAGUCAAACUGCCAUACUGUUCCUUCAUUUGGUGGUGAAUCGGUGCAUGAGGUCAUGGUUUGGUGGGAAAACUUCUCCUCAGUUGUUUGUUUCUGUUUCUACUUUGGGAAUACGGCGUGUUGUUCUGUCUGUUGACGUGCAGUGACAGUUCAUUUCUAGAAGAAAUCUGUGUAAGUAAGAGAUGUUAAAUGUGAGAAAUAAAUAUUAUUCCAUA